AUGAACUCCAAUGACAACCAAGGCCUCAGCAUCAACCACCCUGGCAGGCUCCCUGACUUCCUACGUAACCUAAAUAUGACAUAUAUAAAACUUGGAUACCGUUAUUUGAUCUCCCACCUUUUCACUCUGUGCUUGAUUCCUCUCAAUGCUUUCAUCAUCUUUCAAGCCUCCAACAUGACUCUAGAAGAGAUUCACCAGCUUUGGCUCAACUUGCAGUACAACUUGUUGGACAACUGUGUCAGCGUUGUCCUUUGUUGCACUUUCAUUGUGUUUGUAAUCACUGUUUACAUGGUGAAGAAGCCAAGAUCUAUCUACUUGGUGGACUUUGCAUGUUACAAACCCCUUGCUUGUCUCAAAGUAAACUAUGACAAGUUUAUGUAUCACAGCGUUCUAAAUGGGAAUUUCAAUGAUUCUUCACUUGAGUUUCAAAGGAAGAUUCUUGAGCGCUCUGGCCUUGGAGAAGAAACUUAUGUCCCUCAAGCAAUGCACAACAUCCCACCAAUGCCAACCAUGUCUGCUGCAAGAGAUGAGGCUGAGCAAGUCAUGUUUGGUGCUCUAGAUGUACUUUUUUCCAACACCAAGGUCAAUCCAAAGGACAUUGGGAUCCUUGUUGUGAAUUGCAGCUUGUUCAAUCCCACCCCUUCCCUAGCUUCCAUGAUUAUCAACAAGUACAAGAUGAGGUGCAAUGUCAGGAGCUAUAAUUUAGGGGGCAUGGGUUGCAGUGCGGGUAUUAUAGCUAUUGAUCUUGCUAAACACUUGCUUCAGAUUCAUGGGAACAAUUAUGCUGUGGUGGUUAGCACUGAGAAUAUCACUCAGAACUGGUACUUUGGGAAUAAGAAAUCCAUGCUGAUACCAAAUUGUCUAUUUCGCAUGGGUGGGGCAGCGAUUCUACUUUCUAACAAGAAUUGUGAUAGGCUUCAAGCUAAGUAUGAGCUUCUUCAUAUUGUGAGGACUCAUAUAGGUGCAGAUGAGGAGGCAUUCAAGUGUGUCUAUCAAGAGCAAGAUGAUGCAGGAAAAGUUGGUGUGUCUUUGUCAAAGGAUCUCACGGUUAUUGCUGGUGGAGCCCUCAGAACUAACCUUACAACCUUGGGUCCCCUUGUGCUACCCAUAAGGGAGCAGCUUCUCUACUUUUAUAAUUUGGUGAUCAAGAAGAUAUUUGGUUCAACUAAGAAGCCUUACAUCCCAAAUUUCAAGCUUACUUUUGAUCAUUUUUGCAUUCAUGCUGGUGGUAGGGCAGUGAUUGAUGAGCUUGAGAAGAAUUUGCAGCUUCAAAGUGAGCAUGUUGAGGCAUCUAGAAUGACUCUGCACAGGUUUGGGAACAUUUCCUCCAGCUCUAUUUGGUAUGAGUUAGCUUACAUGGAAGCAAAGAGCAGGAUGAAGAAGGGAAACCGAGUCUGGCAGAUUGCAUUUGGCAGUGGGUUCAAGUGUAACAGCGCAGUCUGGAAGGCCCUGACCAAUGUGGAGCCAUCACCAAAUAAUCCUUGGAAUGAUUGCAUUGAUAGGUACCCUGUUGACGUUGCUCCAUAG